AUCGGCCUGCUGUUCCUGGCAGCUUUCCACAUUCCAUCCUUUCCAUGUCCGCAACAUUGUACGACUCGCAAGCUUCGGCUAGAGUUCUACUUGGGCAGGUGUGUGCACUGUCUUGUGUAAUGUUGAUACUCGGGACAGGUGGUGCGAAGCGUGUUUUCAGCAAACGCUGCACGCAAUGUUGACCGAUUGGCCGUGCUAAGGUGGCUACAUGACGGGGUUCGAAGGACGUCAAAGGUAACGCGCGACAAAUGUUUCCCGCGCCGAGCGGAAGAGGCGUUGAGACUCAAGCAAGAACGUGAUCCGGAAUAGCAACACGGGCCGGCGCAAGCUUCCGGAUUAUCAAAAAGAAAAACAGCCUGCGUUAUCUUUGACCUCUGCUCACGCAUCUCCGACGCACGGUGCCGAAGCCGAAAACAACGACAUGGGUUAAGCCAUUUGUCACUGCGAAGCAGAGCCUUACGCUGUCUUUCCGUCCGCUACGAAGCAUUUCCUCUCGACUAUGGCUCUGUUGCACAGGGUUCAGCGGGCUGCUUGCGGCGUCCUACUGCUCUCCAGGCGCCGUGCGCUGCUGCACUUUUAUAAGUUUAAUCCGGGAGGCCUCAUGAUCGGCCUGUUUCUGGUGGCGUUAUGGUUGAGCGCGCUGCGGUGCCCGACGUGGCUGAGCGGCGACCACGUAGUGUUCUCCGAAGCUGACAUCGAACGCGACCCCAGCGAGUGUCCGUGGACCCCUCGCGAAGGCUACCAGCUGUCUUGGCAGAACGUCGACUUGCGCACAAAGUGUCCCCUGCAUCCGUCGAUGAUUGCCGCCGGUACUGUUGUCGUACAGAGGAGCGUGAACCGAACGCUUCUGAAGGAACUGGAGACCAAAUGGGGCCUGCUUCCAGGCGGCCGCUGGUCGCCGCCGUUCUGCAACUCGCCACACUUUGUUGCCAUCGUCAUCCCAUACCGAGACCGGAGCGAGCACCUGGACUUAUUCCUGCAGCACAUGCACCCGUUUCUGCAGCGGCAGCAGCUACAGUACGGCGUGUUUGUAGUCGAGCAAAGUGAGCGGCGCGCAUUCAAUCGGGCUAAAUUGUUCAAUAUUGGUUUCACCGAAGCCCUAGCUCGGGACAGCUACUGCUGCUUCGUCUUCCACGACGUCGACCUCCUGCCUAUCGACGCGAGAAACAUGUACCGCUGCGAGCGGUUCCCCCGCCACCUGAGUUCUGCGAUCGACGUCUUCCGUUUUGUGCUGCCGUAUCCGGAUCUCUUUGGCGGUGCCGUCGCAGUAAGGGCGGAUCAGUUUCGUGAGCUUAACGGUUUCUCCAACGAGUUCUUCGGUUGGGGAGGCGAGGACGACGACCUCCAACGACGCAUCCGGGCGCGGGGGCUGUCCGUCAUACGAUGGCCGGCCUCCGUGUCGCGCUACACCAUGCUGGCCCACGCCAAGGCGAAGCCCAGCUUGCAGAGGCAGGAGCUUCUCAGGAGUGCAGAGUCGAGAGUGGCCUUGAGUCUCCUGCGCUGGAUUUUUGAAAGGGGCGUGGCGCCACCCGCUGGCCUGAGGCGUAGAAUCGAGUAGUAUACGCAGUCCGGCACUCUGGAUCAGUUGGCUGCGAUCGAACACGAAGCACCUGUUUCAUUUGUUCCUGGCGCGUGUUGCUUGUUGUUUUUUUUUUUCUUCUUUUUUUUUGCGUCUCUAGCACUUAUAAGAACUAACAACUUGUCUUCCUUGGUCAGAGACGCUACAAACCGUCCUAGAAAAAGUCGCAGUUUCGCCCAAAACGCGAAGCAUCGAUUGCCAUAGCAGACUAGUGGACAGCUAUACGAAGUAAGCUAUAAGUUUGGAAACAUUCGCUUA